AUGCCAAGCGAAGCUGAAGGAGAGGGUCUUGAAAAUGUAACCGAUCCCUGUAUUGCUGGAACAGUGCAGUCCUCCGCGGACAAUCAACAAGCUCAGAAAGUCGGAAGUGUCGGUUCGGCGGAGACCAGAGCAUCGAGCCACGUCUCUAUCAUCUCAGCUUCCAGGCUUUGUGAAAUGCCUGACGAAUGGGACAUUUGGGCAAGCAAGCAUAAAAUACGUUUCGUAUCGGAGGACUGGAAGAAUGAAACAUUCGACGAUUUUAUGGCGUCGCUCAAAUACCCGAGGUAUAUCCAGAGCGAAGGCCUUCUGCACCGAGUCGAACGUCUGGUAUCGCGCGAUCCGAAGGGUGCCGAGGCCAUCCGAAAGUUCAAGACGUGGCGCAAUGGACUGAGUGAUACAAGGCUCGAGGAUUGCGACACUUAUGGCUUUGAAGAAGGCUUAUUCUUUCUCGUCGCUUGCUGGAGAUCUAUCUCAUUUCAAGCGAGUACGGCGGGCGGUGAAGCUUCGAUCCGUAAGGCGAUACAUGACUUAAUCGAACUGGCAUUCCAACUCCGUCCUGGUGCCGACCAAGCAUGGAGGUCAGAGGUCGAGAUGGCUCUACCCGACAGUCCUGAAACCGUUCGAGCUGGCACCGUAGUAACAUGGAAUUUCCGUGACGACUGGGACACUGUUGUCAAGAGGUUCAAUAAUAACUACGUCUUCUCCUGGGCGUCGUCGCCAGAUUUGAUCUAUAUACAAAGAUCGAUUAUAACAUUUCUCUUUGAGGCGAAGUUACAUAAGCCCCAAGUCGCAAGGCGUCGAAUUCAACUUACUAUGUAUUCAAGUCAGUUGCAUCGAAGGGCACUUUGUUUGAGAGAUGGGCCGGUAUUCGGUGCUAGCCUGGAUCACAACGUCCUCACGUUCUAUGUGUCUUACUGGAAGGGAGACACAGUGAUCGUGCAGAGUAUCAUCGGCAAAUAUGAAGUUCUGGACUUCGCUGAUUUCGUUGAGAUCUACUUCAUACUCUGUCGAAUCUCCGAAUUCCAAUCUUCCUGGCUUCAGGAAGAAAUGGCCAGAUGGAAUGAAGACCCCGAGGGGCAGAAGGCAAAACUUAAGGAAUCGAGAACUAGACGAUGGCGAAGAGAGUAUAGAGAAUUCGGCAACCGCAAUCAUGCGGAGGGAGGUAAUCGGGAAGGCCAGGGCGGAGGAGACCACUAUGAACCGGUUCCAGACAAAGCAAAUCAAGAAGUGGACAUUGGAACCUCAAGAGCGCACGACAUAAAUCUGCUAGAAGAUAGAAUUAAGAGAGGCGAUUCGCCUCCCAAAGAUGGAUAUCCGUUGAGCGAAGUAUACCUCUAUAUCUUCGAUCACAACGCGAAGUUUCAGCCACAUUACCGUAUAUCGUCUGUGUCCGAAUGGGCAACAGAGCCACGCCAGUUUGAUGGAUGUUGCGAGGACGCCGAUUUGGGAUUAUUAGAGUACACCACGGACAAGGAGGUGGUCUUCUCUGUAGACACGGUUUCGUCUGAUGACACAAACGGUGGAAUGGAGAGUACUAUCUGGUGA